UGUCCGGCUAGCCGUUUUGCCUCACAGGGCUAGUUCUGUUUCAGCCCCUUCUCUCUCUCUCUCUCUCCUCUUCUGUUUCCAAGACUUUCUCAGAGCGAUCGGACAUGGCGAUUGACGGCGAUCGCACGACUAAUUUCUCUCGCACUUUCAAGUACUUAUUCGCUACGCAGUUCUUGUCAAGGGGAAUCCCGUUCAUAUUCAAUUCAUGGAUCAUCAGACACCUCACUGAAAAAGACUACGCGGCUGUCGAUUUUCUAGGAAUUUCUGGGGUAGUGAGCUUCCAUCAAUCCGGGCUUAUGUUUCUUUCCUUUCCUAUGCAGCUUUACGCUGUACAAUUCCAUCUGUUUGUCACCUGUAUCUUGUUCCUCAGUCGUGAAGGUUUUCGGCGAGCAUGCAUGAGAGCAGACAUUAAAUGUGAUGAUGGUUCAGCAGGAGUAAAUGUGUCAAAACUUUUGAAGGUAGCCUGGAUGACAGUGCCGUUUGGAAUACUUAUUACAGUUGUAGCAUGCAUACUUGUCUUCUGGUGGCAAGAACUAAGUUAUUCUAAUCCAUAUGGGCAAGCUAUCUUGAUUAAUGGUCUUGCAUGUAUUUUGGAGCUAUUGGCCGAACCCUUGUACAUUCUUUCUCAGAAUUUGCUGUUUCUCAGACUGCGCUUGGUAGUUGAAAGUGCAGCUACUCUUUCGCGUUGUAUGACAACCUACAUCCUCAUUGUUACGCAACCUGACAUGGAGAAAGGGAUUGUCUUUGCAGUAUCACAAGCUGCGUAUGGAGCUUGCUUGUUCUUUUGUUAUUGGGGCUACUUUCUUCUUUUUCGUGUUAUUAAGAGUUCUGAUCUUCUGCCUUUCAGGGUAGGAUCCAUCAUGAAUUAUGAUAGGCAGCUCUCGGACAUGUGCAUGUUGUUUACUCUUCAAUCCUUCCGAAAGUUGAUCCUUCAAGAAGGAGAAAAGUUUGUCCUUGUAUGGUUUGAUACAACAUAUAACCAAGCUGUGUAUGGACUUGUUGACAAAUUAGGGAGCCUAGUGGUGAGGUUGAUUUUUCUUCCCUUUGAAGAAAGUUCGUAUGCUACAUUUGCAAAGUCCGCAACAGCGGAAGAUGCACGUAAAAGCUGGAAGUUGGGAAGUUCUCUAACAGAUGCUCUGAAGCUCGUUUUGUUGAUUGGGCUUGUAGUCAUGGCAUUUGGCCCAAGCUAUUCUUACGCUCUCAUCAGAUUGUUGUAUGGUCAGAAAUGGAGUGAUGGAGAAGCAUCAAGCGUCCUCCGAUAUUACUGCAUUUAUGUCAUUGUUUUGGCCAUGAAUGGAACCUCUGAAGCAUUUCUGCAUGCAGUUGCAACGGAGAACCAACUCAAGCGAUCAAAUGACUCCUUACUUGUAUUCUCAGUUAUCUAUCUUGCGCUGAAUGUGUUACUAAUACAAUCGGCUGGUGCAGUUGGUUUAAUUGUUGCAAAUUCCUUGAAUAUGAUUUUGAGAAUUAUUUACUCAGCAGUAUUCAUCAAGCAUUAUUUUAAGGAUUCUGCCUCAUUUUCCUUUCGCAGCUGCUUGCCAUCAGGUUGGGCAGUUCUGAUGUUUUCUGGCAUAACCACUCUCGUUUCUGAGAAAUUAUUUCUGGAUCAUCAGAACUUCUGGCCAUCAUUUCUCCUUCAUCUCUCUGUUGGAUUAACCUGCUUCUGUAUAUCAUCUGUUGUAAUUUAUCACCGUGAGAGGGCUUUUAUAAACAAAGUUGUACGCUUCCGCGACCAUGUUGACUGAGAAGGACAUACAACUUUUUCCUUAAUCCGCUGAGCUUUGUGCAAAAGAAAAUUGUUGUUGCAGCUUGCAGAGACACGUACAUGAGAAAUGGUGAUAGGGUAAUUUUGAUUCUAGCGCUGAUCCGUUGUCACUUUACUCUAAUGCUUUGAAGCUUGAAUGAGAUGUUGAGGAGCAUGUACCUAAGCAGGUUUAUACCUUUCCCGGCCUUUUGGCUAAGAUCAAGUGUAGUUUCUGUUCUUGUCAGAUCAGGGAUUCAGGAGAACCUUACAGGAAAACUUGUGGGAAGAAAAUUCGAAUCACGUCAAUGGGAUGUUCCAAAGUUUCUGUUUAUCCUUUUUCUGGAUCAAUCAAGACAAAUCUGUAUAUUGCAACCGUAGCAGGUUAAUUUGGGUAUAGGCGGAAAGGACGUGCAACUCCCAAGGCCGUGUUUGGAUCAUGGGCGUGUGGAGGAAUUCAUCGAGGUAAAGCAAAUUUGUAGGUUUUUUUUUACUUCGUUAUCAAAUGAGAUUCCUUCACCAUUCUUUUUCCUUUUAAAUUACUGUGCCAGAAUUAAAGUCAAGUCCAAACAUGAUUAACUUAAGGUCAUCUAGUUUGCUUACCA